GGAAGACAUGCAGCAACUCUCAGCAGGCUGGGAAUCGAACCUGAGACGUCCGUGUCGAGGACUACGGGCUCCACAUGUCUGAGUUCAUGACAGCCUCACAGACAAACCUGACAAGGACAUACUAGUUGAACGAGCUUCCAACCAGUUACCUGGAACUCAUCAGCCCUUUAAAACCAAGACCACUUCCUUUGUACGCACACACACGAAUCCUCCGCCGUUAGAAGACAGGACGUUCACCUCCGGCGUGAUGGCUGACAAGGAGCUCACCAGAGUGAGAGGGAGAUUUGUGGAAAAAGUCUCCAAAGCGUUGAUCAAGCAGCUGCUGGAUGACCUAUUGGAAGACCGGCUGUUGAACGAAGGGGAGACCGACUCCGUGCUGGAGGACAACACGGGGAAAGCGGACAUGGCCCGCUGCCUCAUCGACAUGGUGAGGAAGAAAGGGGACAAAGCCAGCAGGAAGAUGAUCGAACACCUGGAGAACAGAGACCCUACGCUUUACUCCGAACUCGGCCUCACCUGCAAGCCAACGCCAGUUCCAGCUCCUCAGAACCAGCACGCCUGGUCAAACUCCCUCAUCACCACCACCGACUCCUUCUGGAACGAGAAACGGAAAUCUAAAGAUGUUUACGCCGUUUCAGAUGAGUCCCUCAGAAGUCGUGUGGCCCUUUUAGUCACCAACAGAAACUUCGCUGAUGCGAGAUUAACCAGGAAGGGAGCCGAGAAAGACGAGGAGAACAUGGAGAAACUGCUGAGGUCCCUGGGAUAUGAGGUGGUGAAGCACAAUGACCUCACAGCUCAGAGGAUGAACGAGGUUCUGCACACUUUCUCAGAGCAUCCGAAGCUGAGGGACACCGACAGCGUGUUCGUGGUGAUCAUGUCUCACGGGAAACGCGAAUUUGUCCUCGGGGUCAACCACAGCGAGGAAAAACCAGACGAAUUCCCCGUCGACAACAUCUACAAACACCUGGGUCCGCAGGAAUGCCCUGCCUUGAUGAACAAACCAAAGAUCAUCAUCAUCCAGGCCUGCAGAGGAGAGACGGGUGGAUCCGUGUUGGUCAGUGACAGCGCUCCGGCUAAGGUGGUCUCUGACGACGUGUCGCAGCAACUUCCUGCUAAUGUCGGCGGCAACAUUGUUGACGAUGCUAUCCGGUACGUCCACAAAGAAAAGGACUUCAUCUCCCUCCUGUCCAGCACUCCAGACACCGUCUCGUACAGAAGAGAGGAUUUGGGCUCCUUCCUGAUUCAGUACAUCGCUGAGGUCUUCAACACCUGCUCCCACCAAGACGACAUCGAUGAGCUUUUCAGGAAGGUCAUGCAGCGCUUUGAGGAGUUUCCUGACGCCACCAAAAGACAAAUGCCAACAAAAGACAGAUGUACUCUGACGAAGCGCUUCUACCUUUUUCCAGGCCACUGAGACGGCAGCGAUUGGUAAAUCUGGGAAGCUAACAUUAAUUACCAUUUACAUUUACUGUUUGACAAACCACUGCGUCACUGAAUUGUGCCAUCGAAAUACUCCCUGGUGUAUCUUUAUAUAAAAUCUGACGUAUACGUAUACCAAGAUGACGGGCUUUCAAUCUUGUUCGUUCUUUUGGUUACUUUUUAGACUGUCAGUGAUUGGAUUAUUUUACUGAGGAGCGUAUAUUUACUUUAAUUGGAUUCAGUUUCAUUCACUUUAGACAAUUUUUUUUAAAAUACUGUGCUUAAAAUAAAAAGUGAA